GCCAUGCACAAUUCCCUCUGGGACACCAGCACCAUCUCCUACACUGGAUGUGCUGCUCAGCUCUUUUUCUUUACGUUCUUCAUUGGAGCAGAGGUUUCUCUCCUUACUAUCAUGUGCUACGACCGCUACGUGUCCAUCUGCAAACCCCUGCACUACGGGACCCUCCUGGGCAGCAGAGCUUGUGCCCACAUGGCAGCAGCUGCCUGGGCCAGUGCCUUUCUCACUGCUCUCGCACACACAGCCAAUACAUUUUCCCUGCCCCUGUGCCAGGGCAAUGCCCUGGGCCAGUUCUUCUGUGAAAUCCCACAGAUCCUCAAACUCUCCUGCUUCAAAUCCCAACUCUGGGAAAUGGGGCUCAUUGCUGUUAGCUCCUCUUUAUCAUUUGGUUGUUUUUUGUUCAUUAUUUUCUCCUAUGUGCAGAUCUUCAGGAUCGUGCUGAGGAUCCCUUCUGAGCAGGGACGGCACAAAACCUUUUCCACCUGCUUCCCUCAUUUGGCCGUGGUCUCCCUGUUCAUCAGCACUGUUAUCUUUGCUCACCUGGAGCCCCCCUUGAUCUCGUCCCCAUCCCUGGAUCUGGCCCUGUCAGUUCUGUACUCAGUGGUGCCUCCAGCCCUGAACCCCCUCAUUUACAGCCUGAGGAACCAGGAGCUCAAGGCUGCAGUGUGGAGACAGAUGACUAGAUGGUUUCAGGGUUUCAGGAAACAUUAA